AUGGAUUCAUAUUUCGUGAUACAAAGCUUCUGCAUACCUUCUUGUAGUUGGCGUUUGAAGAUUAUCCAAGAGUUACAUGGAGAAGGGCACAUGGGUCGUGACAGAACUCUCCAGCUCGUAACAGAGUCAUAUUUCUGGCCGUCUGUGCGUCGAGAUGUGGCUAGAUUUGUUGAGAGAUGUGUUGUUUGCCAAUUGUCAAAGGGUACAGCUAACAAUGGAGGCUUAUACAUGCCGCUGCCGGUUCCGACGCAACCUUGGACAGAUAUAAGCAUGGAUUUUGUCUUGGGCUUACCUAGGACUCAGCGAGGACAUGAUUCUAUCUUUGUCGUAGUGGAUCGAUUCUCCAAAAUGGCACAUUUUAUUCCAUGCAAAAAGACAACAGAUGCAGUUCAAGUGGCACAAUUGUUCUUUCGCGACGUGUAUCGUAUUCACGCAUAUGAGCAUCCUCAAUCUGAUGGUCAAACCGAAGUCACUAAUCGUUCGUUGGGAAAUUUACUACGCUGUUUGGUGGGUGAAAACAUCAAGUCUUGGGAUUCAGUUUUGUGCAAAGCAGAGUUUGCGUAUAACCAUGCCGUAAACAGAAGCACUUCUUUCAGUCCUUUUCGUGUUGUCUAUGGGUUGGUUCCACGAGGUCCUAUUGAUCUUGGUGUCGUUCCUGAUGCUACUCGUGAUCAUGGACAGGCUGUUGAUUUUGUCGCUGACUUAUCAUUCAUUCAUUCUCAAGUUCAUGAGAAUCUGCAGGUCGCUUCAGCUAAGUACAAAGAAGCUGCGGAUCGUCACCGUCGUGAUGUUCAGUUUAAAGUGGGAGAUUUGGUUUGGGCCAUUUUAACCAAGGAUAGGUUUCCUCCGCGAGAAUACAACAAGCUAAAGUCACGAAAGAUUGGACCAGUGGAGGUGGUGGAGAAGAUAAAUGCCAAUGCGUACCGUCUGAAGCUUCCACCUCACGUUCGUUCUUCAAUGUCUUUAAUGUCAAACAUCUAUGUCCAUAUGUUUCUCAAGAUGAAGUUGAAGAUUCGGGGUCGAAUCUUUUCCAACCCCGGGUGA